ACGUCCCACGAUAUCUUCUCUACACUCAACCAUUCAAAAAAGUUACACUACUUUAUCGGCCAGCACAGAAGCGAGUGUUCAGCACUGUCCAGGCUGCGGCGCACAAUUCCAAAGUAUUGACACAUCUAUUCCCGGCUACAUACCAUCAAUAAAUCAUCAAAAAAAAGAGCGACAAACAAAGGCGCCACUAGACAGCAGACCGGAUCAACAACAAUUUUUAAAAAUAUACGAUUCUCUUGAUGACAGCGCAAAGAAGUUGCUCUAUCCAUUAGGAAUGAAUUUCGUGAAACCAUCCGAGUUGAAGAAAGAAAGUACCAGAUUACUUUGCACGAGAUGCUACAAUCUAGUACAUCACAACAAAGAGACAUUGGAAUGGCAAGAGACUCUUACGACGGACAAGUCUUUUUUAAAGUUUUUGAGGACUAUUAAUAAUGCAGUGGUGGUGACGGUAAUAGAUCUGUUUGACUUUCCAGGAAGCUUAAUUGAAGACAUUGAUAAUCUAGUCGGAAGACAACACCCUCAUAUAUUAGUGGCAAACAAGGCAGAUUUAGUGCCGUCUCUUCCUAGUGUGAAACAAUGGGUAGUAGACAAUAUACAGCGACACAAGUUAGGGACAAUCGAUUCGGUUCAUUUGGUUAGUAGCAAAAAGAACUGGAACAUAGACGAACUAGCAUUUACGAUUUCUAGACAUAGAAGAGUCAACGAUAACGUAUAUCUUAUUGGAUGCACCAACGUUGGGAAAUCCGCUUUGCUCAACAGUCUACUGAAAAAGUGUUCAGUCAGUGGUUGGAAGCACAGAGUGACCAGUUCGAUCGUUCCGGGAACAACAGUCAACAUGCACGGAUUGCCACUGAGCGUAUUUGGGGAUGAGCUUGGACCGUAUUCGAUGAACGAUCAAAGUGGGGUUAGCAACCAGCAUUUGUUCGACACGCCUGGAAUAGUAAACGAGAACGCGUUAACGCACCUGUUGAACAAGGACGAGUUGGAUAUGGUACAGCCGAGGAUGGAAAUUAAUCCGGUAACGUAUCGAUUACAUCAAGGCCAAUCAAUGUGUUUCGGUGGCCUCGGUCGAAUAGAUUAUCUCUCCGGAACACAUCCUAUAUAUCUCACCACAUACACCAACGCCCGCAUUCACAUAACAGCCACACACCAUGCCGACGUCUUUUCACGAAAGCUAACUCAAGGCCAACAAACCAUCCUCCAACCACCUGUUGGAUCACCGGAAAGGUUAGAGUCAUUCCCACCCCUUGCGACCGUAGUCGACUCUCUCCCGCUUACCGGCAAACCCAAAAAGGUCGCCGUCGCUGAUAUUGUAUUUUCGGGUAUAGGAUGGGCUUCUGUAUGUGGCGGUUUCAAAGAGGCUAAUCUUAGACUCAAGUCUGCUGGUGGUCGGGGAGUCUACGUCAGAGAUAAUCCUCUGUUACCGUACCGAUGGACUGGAAAAGUGACAAAGUUUUUUGGGUAG